AUGACCACUGUACAGAAAAUAAAGGAAAUCGAAGAUGAGAUGGCUAAAACCCAAAAGAAUAAGGCCACAAGCUAUCAUUUAGGGCAGCUAAAAGCCAAACUUGCCAAACUCAGACGUGAACUACUAGGGCCACAAGGUGGAGGCGGUGGAGGUGGUGGGAUCGGAUUCGAUGUCGCUCGGACUGGUAUCGCUUCAGUUGGCUUUGUGGGCUUCCCUUCAGUUGGAAAGUCGACAUUGAUGUCUAAACUCACUGGCACACAUUCUGAGACCUCGGAAAUCGAUUUCACAACUCUUACGACUGUCCCGGGUACCCUCAAGGUUCACGGCGCCCCCAUACAGAUUUUAGAUCUACCUGGUAUCAUUGAGGGAGCGAAUGAUGGUCGAGGCAGAGGUCGACAAGUCAUUGCCGUCGCCCGAACAUGUAACUUAAUUUUCAUCGUGCUUGACGUGCUUAAACCUCUCGGUGACAAGACAAUCAUUGAGUCCGAACUUGAGGCAUUUGGUAUCAGAUUAAACAAGAAACCUCCAGCAAUUAUGGUGAAGAAGAAAGAAAAGGGUGGAAUUGCCAUCACAAAUACGGUACCGCUGACGAAUAUCGAUCAAGAUGAAAUCAAGGCGAUACUGAGCGAAUACAAGAUGAGCAAUGCGGACGUUGCAAUACGUCAAGCGAAUGCUACCGCUGACGACCUUGUCGAUGUCAUUGAGGGCAAUAGGGUAUACAUACCCGCCAUUUAUGUUCUAAACAAGGUUUGGAAAAAUUUCCUCAUUUUUUGGAUAACUGCUAACAAGCAGCAGAUUGACGCAAUCUCCAUUGAAGAACUCGAUUUGUUGUACAAAAUCCCUAACAGUGUACCCAUUUCUUCGCGAGAAUGGCUCAACAUUGAUGAAUUGAUGGAGAUCAUGUGGCGAAGACUUGACUUGGUUCGCGUGUACACAAAGCCAAGAGGAGCACCACCCGACUACAGUGCUCCCGUCGUAUUACGGCGCGGGAAAUCUGCGGUCGAGGACUUCUGUAAUGCAAUUCAUAAAGAGAUUGCGAAGCAAAUGAAAUACGCGGUUGUUUGGGGAGCAAGCGCGAAGCACGCGAGAGGUCAAAAAGUCGGACUAGAACAUGUGCUUGAAGACGAGGACGUCGUACACAUAUCAAAGAAAUAA